AUGAUCGCCCUCAACGUGCUUGUCCUCGCACUCAGCGCCGUCUCCGCUAUCGGCAGCGAGCUAGCCUCUCGCGCGCCCAAGCGUGGAUGCGGGACCGAGAUCUCCCCAGCGCAGAAGGACGCCGUUGAGGCCGACUUUGCCGCCCGGCGGACCGCGCUCCCCAAGAAGCUGACGGCUGCGAUCGUGACCAUCCCGACAUACUACCACGUCGUCCGUCGCGGUACGACGCUUUCGGGCGGCGAUGUCCCUGACUCCCAAAUCACCGCCCAGAUGGCCGCGCUCAACGCCGCGUUCGCCAACACAUCCUACACCUUCGAGCUCGUCAACACGACGCGGACGACGAACACCAACUGGUUCCAGCGGGCGUCGCUCUACUCGGACGGCCUGUCGAACCAGAAUGCGAUGAAGGCCGCCCUUCGCCGGGGCGACGCGGGCACGCUCAACCUCUACUCGGUCGGCUUCACGAGCGGGAGCGCGGCGUCCAACGGGCUGCUCGGCUACGCCACCUUCCCGUCGAGCUACGAGGACGCCCCCCAGGACGACGGCGUCGUCUUUUUGUACAGCACCGUCCCCGGGGGCAGCACCGCGAGCUUCAACCUCGGCGGCACGGUCCAGCACGAGGUCGGCCACUGGGCCGGGCUCUACCACACCUUCAACGAGGGCGACCUCCAGGGCACGUGCAACGGCUCGUCCGACGAGGUCGACGACACCCCCGCGCAGCGCAGCCCCACCUCCGGCUGCCCCGCGCGCGCGGACACGUGCCCGAGCCUCCCCGGCGACGACCCGAUCCACAACUACAUGGACUACAGCACCGACGUCUGCUACACCAACUUCACCCCCGGCCAGGUCGCGCGCAUCAGCGCGCAGAUGGGCGUCUACCGCGGGAUCUAG